GUUCUGAUAUAAGGAAUCCCUGGGCCCAUUGUGACUUUUCUGAGUGGGAUGCAAACAAAUAUCUUUCGUCAUUUCAACUUAUGAACCAGCUCAUAAGGAAUUUGGGAUUUACAACAACAGAUGAAAAUAGGAUAUUGGGAGACUUAACUAUCUGGGAAAGCAAUGGUAUUCAGUUUCUACAAGGGAAAACCAUAGGUCUGGAUUUGCUUGAAGAGGUAACAAAUCAGACCACCGCUCUUGCCAAGUAUGCCCUAAAAGUUACCGAUGAAACAGAGGAAAGCUUUAUAAAAGUUGAAAAUGAAUUGUUGAGCAUUCAAAAUGGGUUAAGAUCUUUCACUCAGCAAAUUCUGCAAAUUGAAAGUAGUCAUGAGGCAUUUCACAAUGCUAUUGAGGAAGCUGGUAAUAAUAUUGCAGCUCUCAGAGACAAACACACAAGUUUUGAAAACAGGCAGAAAAAUACUGAAGAAAAGAUUGAGAAUACGAAACAAGUUUUGGAAAAUACUAUAGAACAAAUUGAAGAGUUGAAUACUUCUACUAGAGAAAUAGUUUCAAACGUUGGUUAUUUAUCCGAAAAGCAAAAAAGUACUAAGAAAGGUCUAACUGAAAUUGAAGAAAGUAUUGGUGGAAUCAAGGAAGAUGUCGAGAAGCUGAAAUAUAAUUCUCACGUAAGACAAGAAGGAAAAGUUUAUUUUUAUCCGCCAGACCGCAUAAAAUGCUUUGUAGGUAGAAACAUAGAGUUGAAUGUCUUACAAGCAAAUUUUAUAAGAAACAAAAAUUCUCAAUAUGCUCAAGUGGUUUGUGGACUAGGAGGAUGUGGCAAAACUACCGUUGCUAUAGAGUAUACCUGGCAAUUUCAGAACUUUUAUCCAGGUGGUAUAUUUUGGAUGUCUGCAGAGUCUAACGAAACAUUAGAAACAUCAGUCUCAAAUCUGGCAAUAGAUGUAAACACAACCGGAAACACCGCAAGAGAAACACUUUUGCGAACCCUUAAAUGGCUAGCCACAUUACAAACGCAAUGGCUCCUUAUCAUAGACAACGCUGAUGUUGAUGAACUCUCUUUUAACAUGAAAGAAUUGUUUAAUGGUACAUGGAAACGAAACACGUGUGGACAUAUACUUAUAACUUCCAGAAGGGAACCCAAGGAAGCAGAAGAAUCUUUCCAAAUUGACCAAGACGAUUGUCUUUAUUUAGAUGUUUUAUCUCCAGAACAAGGUUUGGAGUUUCUAAAAACAAGAACAGGGAGACACAGUGAUCAUGAAAAUGAAAUUAUUCUGGAACUUAGUACAGAACUUGAUGGGCUUCCUCUAGCACUUGAACAAGCUGGUGCAUAUAUUAAGGCAAAAAUGUGUUCAUUUGGCCAAUAUAUGGGAAAGUUUACGAAGCAACGACAAAAACUUUUGAAUGCUAUGCGCAUCAAAACGUCACAAAGCACUCAGAAAGAAAGACUAGCAGUGAAAACUACAUGGCAGUUGAAUAUUGAUUAUAUACAGAAAGCAUCUGAGGAGGAAGGAAUAGGUACAUCUGCUGUGAAAGUCAUGAAAAUCGCCUCAUUUCUGUCGCCUGAUGAUAUACCAAUUGAAAUUAUUAAUGAUGGUUCACCUCCAAUUGAAGAUGACGAAAUGAAUGAGUCACUACAGGAUUCAUUUGGAGGAAAGCAGAUAAUUGAGAUAUUAACAAGGUUUUCCCUUUUCCAGCAAUAUCGUGAAGAUACUCUAUCAGUACACAGAUUAGUACAAGAAGUAAUAAGAGACAGCUUGCGAGAUUUGAGCGAUGUAAAAAUAAUUUUACAGCAUGCAACAAGAAUGGUCAACAAAGCUCUUAAUUCAACAUUAUCUCCUUACAAGGCUCUUUGUGUUGAAAAGGGGGAAGCUCCUGGAAGAGGAUCACUUUAUUUAUGGAGUAAAUUGGCUACAAAUGCAAACAUAUUGAAGAGUCACAUAGUUCGUUUUCUAAAGAACAAAGAAAACGACGGCUCAUUGCAUUUAAACUUGGAAAUGGCAAAUCUUUUGCACACAUCAGCAGUAUUUCAUAGUGUACAUCAACGACAAGAUGAAGCACUUGCAGAUCAAGAGCAGUUGCUUCAUAUCAUGACAGUUAUAGACAUUCCGAAAGAAAAAUGUUUGGAAUUUACAUCGGUCAAAAUACCAUUAUUAGAACGAGACAGAAAUAUGAUUCAGGAUUGUUUGUCCGCAGUUUUGAUAAACUUCAGAGAUGAUGCAGAGUUUAUGUUGCCAGAUGAAAUAGAUAGGUUAAGGAUAAAAGGCAACGAUGCGUUUAAGGAGAAUAGAUACCGUGAUGCGAUUCAGUAUUACACUGAAGGUAUAAAAUCGUCUCCUGAAGAAACUAUGGACUUUAAGUUGUUUUCCAACCGAAGUUUACUUUAUCUUAAAGUAAACGAUUACGACAAUGCUUUAAAAGAUGCAGAAAAAUGCAUUGUGUUAGCUCCUAACAAUUGGAAAGGGUACUGCUGGAAAGCUUACGCUUUAGCGAACUUAGUGAGAAAUGGUGAACGAUCUUUUGAAUUUGAAAAAGUAGGUCUGGCAUCAGCUUGUAUUGCGGCAAAUCUUAAUCAGAAAGUUUUGGUAGAAUAUAAUAUGAAAAUGAAUUACCCACUUGUUGUCUACAAGGUUAUCGAAAGCUCAAAUGAUCUCUGUUCAGAAAUAUCAUCAAUACAGGGGCGCCCGUAUACAACAAUUUUGUUAAAAAGUGGAUACUAUAGGCUUACGGAUCCUGUUAUCAUAACCAAAAGUGUUCAAAUUAUUGGCAUAGAUGAUGAUGUCGAAAUUGACUUAAAACAUUAUCUUAAGAUAUUUAACAUAUCUGGUUCUGUAUUUAGCACCCAUUGCAAAAGUGAAUGGCAAAUACAUAUGCAUUUCGAAAACCUGUCAUUUGUACCAAAUAGCGCACAAAUUGGCAUUCUUGCAAACGCAACAGCUACUUUUUACAAAUGUAAACUAUCAAAUGGGGCUAAAGGAUGUGACGAUUUCCCUCGAUGUAAGGGUGGAUCUGGUUGCAUAAAGCAUCCUGUGAAAUGUUUAAGGCCAUUAGAGUUACCUGGGUUGGCAAAUUUUGCUACAGGUGAGCAAGGUUACCCUGGACUUUGGGUAGGUUCUGGAGGCAAACUGAUAGUACAAAACUGUGUACUGGACAAAUGCGGCGGAGGAGGCGUCCUCUCUGAUGGGGAUGGUGCCCAUCUUGAAAUUCGGUAUUGUACAAUAAGAAAUAUGAGAAGCACUGGAGUAGAAGCUAGAAAUGGUGGAGUGGUAAAAGUUGAAGACAAUGUAAUUAUUGAUAACCAGUUUCAUGGAAUCAUGAUAGCUCCCAGAGGUAAUGGGAUAAUGCACAGAAAUCAUAUCCAAGGGAACGGUCAAGAAGGUAUAUUCUGUGGUGGGAUACUUAAUCCAAAUAAUUUUGGCCAAAUCAUUGCAGACAUGAGGUCAAAUGAAGCCUCACAAGCUGUUAUUGCUGAUAACAUAAUACUCCAAAAUGGAUUAUCUGGUAUAUCAUUAGAUGGGGGAACAUAUGAGGUCUCAGGAAAUAGAAUUGUAGAAAACUGGCUUUGGGGAAUGAUGAUUAAAUCAAGAUCGUCUGUAUAUGUUGUAGGCAAUGAUAUCUUUGAAAACAAAUGUGGUGGUAUACGCAUUGGGUCAAACUACUCAGCCUCCGUAAUUAUUGAUGGUAAUACGAUAAGAGACCACACAGGGCCAGAUAUUUAUGUAACGAAUUCCCCUGAAAAAAUGUUCGGUCAGAAAUUACAAACGAUAUUUAAUGCAAUAAGUAAAGACAUCGAAAUGGCAGAAGAAAGAUCUAUAUACACCAGGCCUCCAAUUAUCACCAACAGGAAUAUUAGAAGAAAUAAUAAUAAAGGCGUCCAGCACCCAAAGGAAGCAGUUCAAAUAAUCCAAACCUGCUGUUUCUGUUACCGUUCCUCACUUCGACUUAAACGGUGUAGUAAAUGUGGGGCAGCCACUUAUUGUUCCAAAGAAUGUCAGGUAAAUCACUGGAAAAAACACAGACACAUGUGUAAACUUCUUCAUAAAGAAUAUACUAUACAGAUCAAAAUGAAAAACACAGAACCUUUUAUGAAACCAGGUACGAUGAGAACCUUCAAUUCUUCCUUAAAAGGAAUAAAAGAGGGUCCAAAACCAGACCCAAAAAGCAUCAAAAAAUUUAUAGUAAAAGUUCAGUCUGGUCAGGAAUAUGGACAAUUUGAUCCAAUGAAAAUUCUUUUGCUGUAUGAUAGAAGUGUGACGUUAGACAUUAAGUUAUCAAACCCUGAACUGUAUUGUCUUGUCAAUGAAUGCGGCAUUCUUGCGGGUGAAUCACUCUCAACAAAGAAAAUAUUUUGUUGGGCUUCUUUCAAAGACAACGGUUCAAUCCUAUGUAUUCAUACAGACAAUUUGCCUCCAUUUCAAACAUGGUAAAUAAUGUAAAUUAUUAUACAUAUUCAAAUAUUGGUACGAGUAUUAUUUAUUCAGUAGAAAGGAUGCACAACAAAAUCAAACAAGGUGUAAAAUAUCGUGUUGCUAUUUUUCGUUUUAUUUGUUAUUUCUUUUAUAUCCUGGCAAACAUAUUGGUUAAAGAAAGCAGUCACAAGAUAACAAGUAAAUACCUUUGUGAGCAACUGUCAAAUAUAGUCGCUAUUGUGCAGUAAGAAGGUUGAAAAUAUUCGGAAACUACUUGUAGUAUUAAGAAAACUUAAUCCGGUGUACCUUACAUAACUUCGUAUUUAAAGAAUAUUCCUUAUAGUUACAUUUAUACAUGAUAGAAUUUUGAAAUUCCGAGUUAUUUCUAGAUUUUCGUUCUUUUCCCAUGCAAUGUAGUGAGGUUGUCACGGGAAGCACGUGCAUUCAUGAAUAUUGAAUCUUAUUGAGAAAUACAAUUUGAUUUAGAAAUGCCUGGCGAUUGCUUUCAGCCAACCAAAGGUAUGAAUUCUUAUGAAACAUACAUAUAAUGUAAUUGUUGUAGAUUAUUACUUGGGUUUAUUAAUAUUUUCUUAAGUGAUUAAA